UGCAUCAUUUUUUUAAAAUUUGAAAAUUACAUUUUGCAAAUAUUUGGGGAGACAUUGAUUUUUUUCUCCCCGUGCUCCCCCGUUCUUCCCUGCGGAGUGCGCUGCGCCGCCCAGCCCUGUCGCCCCCCGGAGGUGAUCCCUCCCUCCUGCCUGCCCGCCAGCCUGACCUGUGCCCGGCUCGCGGGCCGCAGUCUCGGCCCCGGCGCGCCCCCGGCAGCUCUCGGCGCGAUGAGCAUAGAGACGCUACUGGAGGCGGCCCGCUUCCUGGAAUGGCAAGCGCAGCAACAACAGAGAGCACGUGAGGAACAGGAGCGUCUUCGGCUGGAGCGGGAGCGGGAGCAGGAGCAGAAGAAGGCCAGCAGCCUGGCCAGGCUGGCCCAUGCCCUGCCUGUGGAGGAACCCCGCACUGAGGCGCCACCCUUGCCUCUGUCGCCGCCAGCACCCCCGCCAGCACCCCCACCCCCACUUGCCACCCCUACCCCACUGACUGUCAUUCCUAUUCCAGUAAUGACCAACUCCCCUCAGCCUCUGCCCCCACCGCCACCACUGCCCCCCACAGCUCAACCUCUGCCCCUGGCACCUCGACAGCCGGCCCUGGUUAGCACCCCUGGACUCAGCAUUAAGGAGUCUGCCCCACUUCCUACCAGGCCACAGGUGCCCACUCCUGCUCCCCUACUGCCAGACUCCAAGACCACCGUUCCGCCCACUGGCAGCCCCAAGCCUUUGCAGCCCCUCCCCACACCCAUCCUGACUAUAGCACCACACCCUGGAGUCCAGCCCCAGCUGGCCUCCCAGCAGCCACCCCCACCCACUCUUGGGACCCUGAAGUUGGCACCAGCUGAAGAAGUCAAAUCCAACGAACAGAAGAAGAGGCCUGGGGGGAUCGGAACCAGAGAAGUCCACAACAAACUGGAGAAGAACAGGAGGGCCCAUCUGAAGGAAUGCUUUGAAACCCUGAAGCGCAACAUCCCUAACGUCGACGACAAGAAGACGUCGAAUCUGAGCGUGUUGCGGACGGCGCUGCGGUACAUCCAGUCCCUGAAGAGGAAGGAGAAGGAAUACGAGCAUGAGAUGGAGCGGCUGGCGCGGGAGAAGAUUGCCACGCAGCAGCGGCUGGCGGAGCUCAAGCACGAACUGAGCCAGUGGAUGGACGUGCUGGAGAUCGACCGUGUGCUCCGGCAGACAGGCCAGCCCGAGGACGACCAGGCCUCCACCUCCACUGCCUCCGAGGGUGAGGACAACAUAGACGAGGAUAUGGAGGAAGACCAGGCCGGCCUGGGCCCACCUAAGCUGAGCCAUCGCCCCCACCCGGAGCUGCCAAAGCCACCGCCCAGCACUGCCCCCACACCUCAGCCUCCCCACUCACACCCCCACUCCCAGCCUGUGGCCCUGUCUCCUGCCCACCUCCCUGGGCAGCAGCCGCCGCCACAGCAGAAGACACCUCUGCCGGCCCCUCCUCCCCAACCAGCUGCCCCUGCCCAGACGCUGGUGCCUGCUCCAGCCCAUCUGGUGGCUGCAGCUGGGGGAGGCUCCACGGUCAUCGCCCACACUGCCACCACCCACGCCUCAGUCAUCCAGACUGUGAACCAUGUUCUACAGGGGCCGGGUGGGAAGCACAUCGCCCACAUCGCCCCCUCGGCCCCCAGCCCUGCUGUGCAGCUGGCACCUGCCACACCCCCCAUUGGCCACAUCACAGUGCACCCUGCCACCCUCAACCAUGUGGCCCACCUUGGCUCCCAGCUGCCCCUGUACCCUCAGCCUGUGGCGGUGAGCCAGCCUGUGGCGGUUAGCCACAUCGCCCACACCCUCUCACACCAGCAAGUGAACGGCACAGCCGGGCUGGGGCCCCCAGCCACUGUCAUGGCGAAGCCAGCCGUGGGGGCCCAGGUGGUGCACCACCCCCAGCUGGUGGGCCAGACAGUGCUUAACCCUGUGACCAUGGUCACCAUGCCCUCCUUCCCAGUCAGCACGCUCAAGCUGGCUUGAGGAUGAGGCCACUCAGAGGCCCCCAGUGGGGGCAGGGAGGGAGACCUGUCCCCCACUCUCCCACCCACCAGCUCCACACAUUCCAGUCAGGCCCAGGCCCGCCCCACCCAUACCCACCCCCAGGCCUCCUAGGGGAAGGGGGUGCAGAGACUCUGAGCCAGGGGAGGGAAGGGCCACCCUGGGGAGCUGGGCACAGGGCAGGGGGUUACCCCACGCACUAGGACUUGACAGAGUGAUGAGAGACACUCUGGCGAACGUGCUGCCUGUCCGGCCUGGUGCCAGCUCCUGUGCCGUUCCUGCUCCCGACCCGUCCCCAACCCAGUGCGAUGUGGACACCGUGUUCCCCCACUUCCCCCUGCCCUGCCCGCCUUCCUGUGCUGCUGCUGCUAUUGCUCCGUCUGGUGAGGUGGCUGAGCACCCGGGCCCUCCCCUCCUGAGCCUCAGCCUUCUCUUCCCAGGCCCUGGAGGGGAAAGAGGGAAAGCAAAACUGAAGCAACUUGGCCUGGAAAGCUGGGGACUGCAGGGGGUCCUGUUCUGAGUACAGGUGACAGAUCUUAGGCUCCGGCUGAUCUGGAGUCCCACAGACUCCAGACAGGUGGAUGCCCUAGCCUGGGGCCCUCCAGCCUAGUUGCAGUCACCGUGACUCAUUACAGUGAGCUAGUUAAGACAGUUCUCUACCAACAGAAGACUAAACCCAAGCCCUUGCCAAGCUUUCUGAGCCCCUCCAACCCUUGCCAAUGGGUGUCUUAUGCCCAGAGGGUGGCUGGGGGUAGGGGUGGGGAAGGAGGGGCUUGGCUGUCUCCCCCUGCCCCCCGACCUCGAGCUGGGUCUGGCCUGAGAGUAGAGUGCUCUGGACCCUGUCCCCACCCCUGGACUUGGCUCUUGGCUUCCAGAAGGUAGAGAGGAGGUCUGGCCUCUGCUCAGUGCCAUGUACUCCCUGGAGGGAUGAGUACACCUGGAUGCCUCCUGCUGCCUGGAGGAUGGACCAGUGUCUGGGCUGGGUUCCAGGAGCCUGAAGCCAUGCUGUCAAGGUAAUAAGUUAAAACCCAGGCCUGGCCAGGGGGACCUGUGGAGAGAGAGCAGGGCCGGGCCAUGGAGGACUGCUGCUUCUGCCCCAGCUUCUCCCUCUGGCAUCCUCUUUCCCCUGAACAUGCCCUCUUCUCCAGUGAGCUGUGCUGAGGGGGCCCUCCCUGGUGGGGACUGUCGUCUGCCACAGCCUUCCUGUGAGGAAAGGUCCUUAGUUGGGCUCAGGGCAGGGCUGAGCUUGGGGUGGGGUGGAGUGAGGGGGCCUGUGUGUAGGGGACGCUGCUUUUCCUGCCUCUGUGUUGGCAGACUGCUUUGGCUUCUCUCUUUAUGUGGGUAUUUAUUACAAGUGGCCUUGUGACAGACACACUCAGUUACACAUGUGCACACUCGGCUCUGCACCUGGACACACACUCACCAAUGGCCUUUGAGAGUGUGUGGCGCGGGGCGGGCGAGGGGAAGCCAGUGUUCCUAGGUGUGAGGUGUGCAUGGACAGGCUGAGAGUAGGGAGUGUUGUGGGGGACCCUGAGGAGGCUGGCAAAGGUCUUGAAUAGAUGGAGCUGCCUGAGAACUCCCUCUCAGUUCCUUCCUAGCCCCGGAGAUCUGCCUGGGGACCUUUUCUUCUCCCUUGUCUCCCAGGGUGGGGAAAGAGAAGGCCUGUGGACACCUUAGAGGUUUCUAGAAGGGGGCCCUGUACUGCCGCCCCACCCCCACCCCCCACCUCACAAGCUUGCCGCCUUCCUGUGCCUGCAGCCACCCCCACCACCCUGUUUUGGGGGGAGCUGGUUUGGCUCCUCCAGGUGUGAUUAAGUUGGAAAGAACAGAGGGAGACAGGCCGGCCUGGCCCCCAGGAACAGAAGCACUGGUGAGCCUGCCCUCCUCCCAGCUCCGCUCAGCUUGUGUCCUGAGGCCGUUCCAGAGUUGAAACUGUCCUAUUAGCCAGUCGCCCCUCGGGCCUGCACAGAUACCUCAUCUGCCCGCUGCCCCUGCCCCUCCCCGCCCCCACUGCAGCAGUGGGGGCCCCGGAACCUAGUGCCGAAUGACUAUGUCCAGAUUGGUGACAAUGGGUGUUGUUGCUGUUGUUUCUGUUGUCGUUCGUGAACGCUGUGAUGCUGUGUGCCUGAGAGGGCAGCCGCCGCCCAGCCCUUCCUUGGGCAUCUCCCCUCUGAGAGCUGUCAGGACCAGUCCGUCCUCGCCCCGUGGGACCGCCUGCCCCUCCCCUCCCCAGCCCCUCCAGCCUGGGGUGCGCACGUGUGCACACAUACACACACACACAUCUUACCUCUCAUGCGUGUUUUACUUUUUGAUGUUCAGAGUGGCUCACUGGCUGGGAGUCCUUACCUCGGGGAGAGGGAGAGGUUGGUUCCUUGGAGGGCCAAAGAAGGGCAGGGAAUUCCUGGAGGGGUUAUGGGGGUCACCGUAACCCCUGCCCUCUCCAGGAACAGCUUCUUCUCCCCCAAUUCCAGGGUCCCACCCCCAUCCCCCAAAGAGGUGGCCCUUGUUUACAGUGAGGACUCGGUCACUGUGUCUCCGUUUCCAGAAAUAUAAAUCGUAGCGACCCCAGACUGUAGAGAUUUUUAUGUGUUUGGAUACAUCUGCUGUGUGGGAAAAAACAAAACAAAAAAAAACUACAAAAACCCUAAUUUUGUACAUAUUGUAUUUUUACUAUUGAACUGUAUUCUAGUGGCUGUUCAUGCUCCAGGAUUUUAGGUAUUGAGACAUGAAUACUAUCCAUGUAAUAAGCACUUGCCUGGAAUAAAAUAUAAAAUUGAAAUAAACCUGCACUGAAACCCAA